AGACCGUGCAUUUCGAGGGAUCGACUCUAACUAACGACGUGACGAAUGGACUAUGGUCUUGCCUUGGAUCAUUUUCGAUGCUACAUACCCUCACCAUCUCAGACUCCUCUAUCAGUUUCCCCCCAUCUCCUCCGGAGCUUCCAUCCUUCACACAUCUAUCAGCCGAGAGAAUGACUUCAUUCUGCUACGAAGGCAUACUCCCAUCGAUACCUGGAGUGAGAGAUAUCGAUGUUUCUAUCGAUGCUGCAGAGAUCGAGACGAGCAACACUUUUCAGAUCACCACCGCAUCCAGGCCUAUGACUAGGGCUAUGGAUGAACAGUUCUUUGUUCAUAUCAGACUACACGCAUCACUCACCACAGACAGGAAAAUUGAAUCAGGAGAGACAAUUGGAGGGAUUAGUCUUCUAUUUGAAGACCAAACCAAAAAACCACAGCGGCUGAAUGUGUCCGGGGUGAGGGGCAGAGACGAAGAAGCCUUGGUGGACCUGUUUGUCAAGACUAAACAACUAACGUACUUGAACUUGGGGAGUGGAGGUGGUACUCUACACAAAAAGAACAACGUCCAGAAUACUAGGCUUGAGAUAGAGCAAUGCCAGCUAUCUACUAAGAUGACCGAGAAGUUGUGGUCCUGUCUCAGAUCCUUCACCUCACUGAACUCUCUCACCAUCUCAGACUCCUCUCUCAGUUUCCCUCCAUCUCCUCCUGACCUUCCAUCCGUCACAAAGCUAUUAACCGUGAGCGUGACGUCACACAGCUAUGAAGGUCUGCUCUCAUCGCUUCCUGGCUUAAGACGUAUCGGUAUCACUAUCGAUGAUGCAGAGAGAGACAUACCUCAGAUCACGGCUUGUCUUCGUCGGACCGGAGGACAGCAGCUCACACACAUCAACCUUUAUGCACCAUCAUCACUCCCAUCAGAGAAGAAGAGUGUUUCGAGAGAGACGAUGAGAGGACUGGGUCUUCUAAUCAGAGAACAAACCAAGAACCUGCAGGUGCUUUGGCUGCAUGGAGUGAAGUGCACAUACGAGGAAGACUUGGUUUACCUCAUCGAGUGCUGCAGACAUGUGAAGACGAUGUCACAGCUGUGGUAGGUUCUUGUUUAAAUCUUGUA